AUGGACCAGAAUCGGGCCACACGGCAGGAGGACACGUCCCUGCUCCUCGCCAUCACUGUUACUGGGAUCACUGUGCUCCUGUUGGCCCUGAAGAACAAGAAUGUAAAGAAGAGGUGUCCUAUCACCUUACAGCACCCUGAAGCCAAGUUCCUGCUGCCCCUGACUGAGAAAGAGCAAAUCAGCUACAACACUCGGAGGUUCCGCUUUGGACUGCCCUCGCCGGACCAUGCCUUAGGGCUUCCUGUAGGUAACUAUGUUAAUCUCUUGGCCAGAAUUGAUGGUGUGUUGGUGGUCAGGGCUUACACGCCUGUGUCCAGGGAUGAGGAUCUAGGCUUUGUGGACUUGAUUAUCAAGAUCUACCUCAAAAAUGUACACCCUAAUCAUCCAGAAGCGGGGAAGAGGACUCAGUACUUGGAGAACAUGAAAACUGGGGACACCAUCCUUUUUCAAGGGCCAUCCGGGCGCCUGUUCUAUCAUGGGUCAGGGAAGUUUGCGUUCAAACCAUACAAAACGAGUGAGCUUGAAAAUAAACUGGUCCAUCACCUGGGAAUGAUUGCUGGGGCCACAGGGGUUACGCCCAUGCUGCAGCUCAUCCGCUGCAUCACCAAGAAGCCCAGUGACAAGACCAGGAUGUCCCUCGUCUGUGCCAGCCAGACACAGGAGGAGAUCUUGGUGAGAAAGGAGCUUGAAGAAGUUGAUAGACCUCACCCAAAGCAGUUCAACCUGUGGUACACCCUGGACAGGCCUCCUGUUGGCUGGAAGUAGACAGGCUUCAUUACUGAGGACACGAUCAAGGAGCGUCUCCCUCCUCCUGGGAGGUUCUCGUUCAUCCUGGUGUGUGGCCCACCACCCCUGAUCCAAGCCGUGCACCCUAACUUGGAGAAACUGGGUUACACCAAGGACAUGAUUUUCACCUACUAA